AUGAACUCUUUGCGUACAAUUGCUCGUCGUGCCUACUCUACUGUUCAUCCAGGUGGACGCCCUGGAAUUACUAAUGGCUUUAUUGGUGCUAUUGGAAACACUCCUCUUAUUCGUUUAAACAGACUCAGUGAAGAAACAGGUUCUGAGAUUUUGGCCAAAGCUGAAUUUAUGAAUCCCGGUGGCUCUGUCAAGGAUCGUGCUGCUUUGUUCGUAGUGAAGGAUGCUGAGGAGAAGGGGUUGAUUCAACCAGGAGGCACCGUUGUUGAGGGUACUGCUGGUAAUACUGGUAUUGGUUUGGCUCAUGUGUGCCGUGCCAAGGGAUACAAAUGUGUCAUUUACAUGCCCAACACUCAGUCUCAAGAAAAGAUUGAUUUAUUGCGCAUGCUCGGUGCUGAAGUGCAUCCUGUUCCUGCCGUUGCAUUCGACAACCCAGAAAACUACAACCACCAAGCCAAGCGCCACGCUGAUUCUCUCGAGAACGCUGUCUGGACCAACCAAUUCGAUAACACGGCCAACCGUCGUGCACACAUUGAGACCACUGGCCCUGAGAUCUUUGCUCAAACAAACGGUGAGGUAGAUGGUUUUGUCUGUGCUACAGGUACAGGCGGUUCACUUGCUGGUACAGCGCGCUACCUCAAGGACAAGAAGGGAGACGAUGUCAAGAUCUUUUUGGCCGAUCCUCCUGGAUCUGUGCUUUACAGCUACUUUACCAGUGGCCACAAGUUGUUUGAGCGUAGUGGAUCUUCUAUUACUGAAGGUAUUGGUCAAGGUCGUAUCACUGAUAACUUGGGCCCUGAUGUGGAUUUAAUCGAUGGUGCUGUGAAUAUCAAGGACGAGGAUACCAUCAAGAUGCUGUAUCGUUUGUUGGAUGAGGAGGGUAUUUAUGUCGGUGCUUCUUCUGCUUUGAAUGUUGUAGCCGCUGUUGAGAUGGCCAAGCAGCUCGGUAAGGGCAAGAAGGUGGUGACUCUCUUGUGUGAUGGUGCCUACAGAUAUCAAUCUCGUCUGUUCAGUCGUCAAUGGUUGGAUUCAAAGAACUUGUCCAGUGCUAUCCCUGAUCAUUUACAAAAGUAUGUCGUUUUACCAUAG